UCCGUUUCCGUAAACAGUUCAAUGAAGCGUAGCACGUAAUGUAGCUGCACAGCAACUGAAUAAAGACACAAAACUCUUAUCAGAGCUGUCAAUUUACAUUUUCAUGUAUUUUAUUUUGCUCUUUGUGUUUUCCUGUUUAUCGACAUGUCAUUGUUUGGUUGAAAAAGAUGAGAAUCAGGACCAUUGUGAUGUUCUGAAACAGUGGCUUCAGUCUUCAUCAGUGUCAGUGGAGCUCAGCAAGAAGGGUUUUCACAGGGAGGUGAUAACCACUGUGGAGCUCAAGUCUGAUGUUCUGAGUGAUGUUAGAGUUUUGUUGGUUCAUCGAUGGCCCAGAGGCGUCUACAUUGAUCCAUAUCAACUCGCAUCACUGAGUGAUCAACAUGACUGGAAGAUUUUACUAGAUUCAACCAUAGACCUAGAGCUGCCUGCUCACAAGGCGUCAGAAUUUGUCACCUAUGUGUAUCCCUCCCACAUUGGACCAACUCCCAGAUCACUGAAAGUCACAAUUCCAGUACAUGGGCGCUACCAUGAGCCUUCUUUUGUUGGGGAAACAGUCACAUCUGUUGACAUAGAAGCUCCUGAGCUACUGCUGCGGACUGUGAAAUGUACGCAGCUCAACACCUUACAGCCUCAUACUGUCGUGGACGCCCCGUGCACUGUCAGCAAUUCAAGCACUUGUCAGUGGGUUAAAAUCCAGCAUCAGCAGGAGUUCAGCCCCUUGAGUUUCCAGUUUCCAGUCGGUGAUGCGUCCUUGUUGGCGCCUGUAUGUGGCGGAACUCUUCUGGUCACCAUGACGUGCUGUGCGGCGCUGUCCAGAUACAUGUGGAAACAUCGAAUCAUUUAGGCAGCAGCAGUCAACAUAACUUGUGCUACAGUUCUGUCUGAUAUCAAGAUCAUUCCAGAGGCACUGCCCAAGGCACACAGGGAGAUGACACUUCCUGUAUGGCUCAAUUUAUGAAACACUUAGCUCAGGAAUGUAUGCCACCUCCAAUCGUGUCCUUUGUCUUCACUGCAAACCCCUUUUUUUAUACAGCUAAUAAUAACUCAUUGAAUUUCUCUAUUUUGUGUCGACUGUUUUGUCGUGAAACUGUAAUGUAUUAGUGCUGCUUGUUUGACCCCUUGCCCUGCUAAUAUUUCCUUUAUGAAAUUCUUUCUUUUGAUUUGCCAAACAUUGCAGAGCUUGCAGAUAAAAUUGCUGGAAAUAAAACAUCUAAAGCCAA